GGCGUCGUUUGAGUUAUUUCUGGUGGUUCUGUUAUCAAGUUAUCGUUUGUCUUCGGCUCCCAAACACAGAGAGAGAGAGAGAUGGCGACGGCGUCGUUUAGGUGGAUCUUGCAGCUACACAGAGACGUACCAAAAGCGGCUCGAUUCUACGAGAAAGGUCUUGAUUUCUCCGUCAAUGUCGUCACUUUACGUUGGGCUGAACUUCACUCUGGUCCUCUCAGGCUAGCUCUUAUGCAAUCUCCCAGCGAGCAUGUGAUGAGUGAGAAGGGAUACUCUUCGCUACUAUCUUUUACUGUGACGGACAUUAAUACAACAAUCUCAAAACUUAUGGAAUUAGGAGCUGAACUUGAUGGCUCUAUCAAAUACGAGGUCCAUGGCAAGGUUGCUUCUGUGAGAUGUCUUGAUGGUCAUGUCCUCGGCCUCUAUGAACCUUCAUAGGUUCUCAAUUCUUGAGUUUUCUCGGUUCGAAUUAUGUCUUGGUUUAUUUGAUUUUGAUUGUUCCAACACCGUUAAUAAACAGAUCAUCCAAGUUGAACAAUGUUCAAAAUAUCAUUGUAACCGGUCAUCGGAUGUUUAGAACCAACCCUUCA